CAGCGCGCGCCCUGCGGUCAUACUAAUAUUUGCCGAAAUGGAAACCGUCAAUCCCACGUUCUCGUACCUCACCAAUCUGGAGGUGAUGCAGAUUCUGCAGAAGAUCAAGAGCACCAAAAAGAAGUUCGGCAUGCGGAACUUGGCCACGGUUACCUAUGAGGCACUGCAGUAUCUGGAGGAGUCGCCCUGCAAGACACAAACUCGUGAGAACAUUGCAAAUUACGUGAAGGACCUGUCUUCCUAUCGCCUCAAGUCCCAGGAGAUCCUACAAAUGAUCAACGACCCGCCAACAAGUGCUCUUCACACGCAGCUGCUCAUCGACGACAAUAAAGCUCCACUAACCGACGAGGAGAAUGAGAAGAUCAUUCAGCUGAGCUACAAACACUUCCAUGGAGGCGAAACCAAAGACGCUACUAAGGAAACACCGGCGGAGAAACCUGCGGAGACCACUGCAAAGACUGGCAAGCAAUCUGGAAAGCGUCAUUCCCAGGCCAGAUCCAAUCCAGCGGAAGAAGUCGCUCCAGCAGAACAAACCACGACUCCUGCGGAUGCUGUUACUCCUUUAAAUGAAGCCACUACUGCAGUUGAGGAAACAGAGAAUAAAGCUACUCCAGCGCCUGCAACGGAUGAAGCAACUUCAAUGGAAACCGAUUCCAGUCGUCCGCCAGCAGAUGGAGAAAAACCUGGGGAGCAGCCACCGAAAUAA